GAAGCGGUGAAGCACAACCCCUCUUCCCGAAACUCCCUAUAAAUCCCCCGCUCAAGCUCCCUUCAUUUCCCUACUCCAUUCCCACUCUCUCCUCCCCUCUCUCGCUCUCUCUCUCUCUCUCUCUCGGUCUGUGUGAAGACUGAAGUUCUGCUCAGUCUUUUGCAGGGGAAGCAAAGAAUGGCCGUGGUUGGGUUGCUGUUGGUGGGUUGCCUCGCAAUGUGGGUGUGCUCCGUCGACGGGUAUGGAGGAGGAGGGUGGAUCAAUGCUCAUGCCACUUUCUACGGAGGCAGUGACGCUUCUGGGACAAUGGGUGGAGCCUGCGGGUAUGGGAACUUGUACAGCCAGGGCUACGGCACCAACACCGCGGCGCUGAGCACGGCCCUCUUCAACAACGGCCUGAGCUGCGGGUCGUGCUACGAGAUCCGGUGCGUGAACGACCGCCAGUGGUGCCUCCCUGCGAGCAUCGUGGUCACCGCCACCAACUUCUGCCCGCCCAACAACGCUCUCCCCAGCAACGCGGGCGGGUGGUGCAACCCCCCUCUCCAACACUUCGACCUCUCUGAGCCCGUCUUCGAGCACAUUGCACGGUACCGGGCUGGGAUCGUACCCGUCGCAUACCGGAGGGUGCCCUGCCGGAGGAGGGGAGGCAUAAGGUUCACGAUCAACGGCCACUCCUACUUCAACCUGGUCCUCAUCACCAACGUCGGCGGGGCCGGCGACGUCCAUGCUGUGUCCGUGAAAGGGUCCAGGACCGGGUGGAUGUCCAUGUCGAGGAACUGGGGCCAGAACUGGCAGAGCAACAACUACCUCAACGGCCAGAGCCUCUCCUUCAAGGUCACCACCAGCGACGGUCGCAGCGUCAUGUCCUACAACGCGGCGCCCGCCCACUGGUCCUUCGGGCAGACCUUCUCAGGAGCCCAGUUCCGCUAGAGAAACCAAAAUAUUCUACAUGAACCGGCUAGGGAGUUUAAUAAGAUGGUAACGCAAUGGACCACGGACUGCCCAGAAACCGGCCUAUAGACGAAGAUGUGUAUAUCGUGGUUAGUAUAGAGAGUAUCAACUAAAAACCCUUGAUUGAGAUUUGAGUAUGUAUAUGUGUGCCAUGUUUGUAAUAUGCUUGGGGCGGAGGUCAUUGUAGCCUCCUAGUCCUAGCUCGGUACCGAGUCGAUAUGAGAAGAGGCUAAUAAUUUUACAUAGGCUCCUCUCAUGUUUAGGCAUUAUUUUGGUUCCGUGCGGUCCCCUGCAUAUUUUAGUAAUUACAGAAGUGGGCAGUGGUGGAGUUCUACCACCCGCAACUAUGUAGCUUUUCCUAUCAUUAGUAGUCUUUUUGCCGUGUCCCUCUCGGUGCUCGAGAAGGUCAUGUUUCUCCCGCAUUUGGCUGUUUAUGUCCACGACUGUAAUAUGUUUGUAUUGGAAACAUCAAGUCAUUCUAUUCAGAUCGAAAGACUUUGCAUUUUAA